CUGAUUCCGGAUCCCGGAUCCCGCCGCUGGUCCCCGGCCGGGCCUGGCUCCGCGACCUCGGCACCAUGAAGGCGAUAAUCCAGCGGGUCACCCAGGCCAGCGUGACAGUGGGUGGGGAACAAAUAAGUUCCAUUGGACGAGGCAUCUGUGUGUUGCUGGGUAUUUCUGUGGAAGAUACUCACAAAGAGCUAGAACACAUGGUUCGCAAGAUUUUAAACUUGCGUGUGUUCGAAGACGAAAGCGGCAAACACUGGUCUAAAAGCGUGAUGGAUAAACAGUAUGAGGUGCUUUGUGUCAGCCAGUUUACUCUUCAGUGCAUCCUGAAAGGAAACAAACCAGACUAUCACAUGGCUAUGCCUGCAGAGCAAGCAGAGUCUUUCUACAACAACUUCCUAGAACAACUUAAAAAAGCCUAUAAACCGGAGCUCAUUAAAGUUGGCAAGUUUGGAGCCUACAUGCAGGUAAACAUCCAGAAUGAUGGUCCUGUGACGAUAGAACUGGAAUCCCCUGCUGCCACCAUGGAUCCGAAGCAGCUGACAAAGCUUGAAAAACAGCAGCAAAGGAAAGAGAAGACCAGAACCAAGGUACCCUCUGAAUCAAGUAGAGAAAGAAAUGCCCCUCGUAAUAAGGACGACCCCAGUGCAAGCAGUGGAGCAGAGGGAGAUGUGUCUUCUGAAAGGGAACCGUGAUCCUCAAAAGCAGGCCUCAGUUUGUCAUACAAAGGCUACGUUGGAUCCUUAAGAAUUCACAGUUUACAUUAUCCUCAGAGUCGAUCUUAAAAGACUUUGGAAAAGAAAGAAAAGCAGGAAAAUAGAACUAAGAAAUUAUGACUCUACAUCAUUCUGUACUAAAAACAACCAAAGGAAUGUUACCAGUUUCAGUUAAAAUGUAUUCGUAGUAGUGAAAAUGAUUCACAGCAUUUUUCUGUGUAUCUGUGUUUGUUUUCACGUGGUUUACUGCAGUGGUCCCCAACCUUUUUCGUCUGGCGGGCGCCAAACGACGAGACUGUGGCGGCGGACGAGCAUCCGCCAAAAUGCCUCUGAUAAGUGGCAACGUGAAUAGGCGUCACCGCCGAAAUGCUGCCGAGAAGCAGCGUUAUCCAGAUGCUGCCGAAAAUCGGCGGCAUUUCGGCGGUGACGUCUCUGGAUGACGCUGCUUCUCGGCGGCAUUUCAGCGGAUGCUUGUCCGCUGACCAGUACGCGGGCGCACUUAGACGCCCCGGCAGGCGCCAUGGCGCCCACAGGCACCGCGUUGGGGACCUCUGGUUUACUGAAUAAAGGGUGAUUGUUUUUAUGCAGAUUGUAACAGAACAUAUGACAACACAGCACAUGAUCAAUUUCUGAAAAUAAAUCAGGUUUUUCCUCAAAUUCUGACUUUAAUUCUGAAGAUAUCUCAAAGCAAGCUUGUAUUUUCAUUUUCAUUGUGUAGUGUCAUGUGCUGCCUGUUUCCAUAGCAAUGUAUAAAUCUGUGUGCAUUACCAUAUAUUGUACAAGCUCUGUCUAACACCAGGUUUGGGAGUACAGUCUUUUUUCAUGUGUUAAAAAAAACCUGUCAUUGAUAAUUUAUCAUGUGAAAUAUGUGUCUUAUAAAACUUUUUUUUUUUUUUUUUAAGAAAACACUUUAUUAAACAAAUUACGCUA